CACUUUAAACUUGGAAUAUCAUUUUAAACUUAGAGUACUUGUUCACUUUCAAAUUUGAAAUGCAUUUGUAGCAGGAGAUAAUCCUGAAAACCUUUUUUGCUUAAUUAUUUCCCUUGUUCAACUUAUAAUACUUGCCUUUUUCUCAAAAACUGUUGAAAGUAUUCACGCCAAACUAUUGUUGACUAUCAAGGGCAAGUAAGUCUGAUCAGCAUGUUUUCAGAGUUAUGCCCCCUCUGUGUUACUUUUAUUUUACCAUUCAGCACUGAUAAAAAUGGAGCACACUGUCCACAGACAGAUCUUGUUCAUAUUUUUGCACAGUCAAAUGCCAUAGUAUAAGGCAAGAAUAGGUUUUAUCUAUAGAAUUAUUUGUAUAUGUAACAAUAUAAUUUAUAACUUUUAAUUAUGCCCAGACUAUUUAAGGGGAGUAGGUAUAUAUAUUUGCCCAUUUCCAUUUGUCACACUGUCAUACUGUCCAUUUGUUACAAGACUGUUUACUAAACUAUGAAUACAUUUCUGGUUUUCAUAUCUUUAGUUAUAUACCUGUGUAAAUUGAGAUAUUAAUCAUGUACUUUCAGUGGUUAAAGCAACACUAGAUACUGUACAUGAUGAUAUGAAACCAGAGAUAGACACUGCUCUUAACUCUGCAAAGUUUGACAUGGACUUCAGUGAUACAUUAGAUCCAUUUGAUGAGACCAUUAGUCUGCUUGAAAGUAAUACAGCUACAAUUGGCAGUGUUUUUGCAGUUCUGGGAUGUAUAUUUUUCACUAUUGGAAUGGUGGCUUUUGUUGGCAUGAUGUUGGGAAUUCUAUGUACAAAAAAACCUACUUCUAUAAUGGAGACAGGCAGAACGAAGGCUGGCAGCUGUGGAGCAUGUUUAUUGAUGACAUCGGUUGGGCUUGCUGUUUUUCCUCUUAUUUUGAGUCUACUGUUAGGAUCUACUCUCAUGUUACUGGGGGGUAACUUCACCAUUUUAUGUGCUCCUCUUGAAGAUCUCACAGUGCUCAAAAGGCUGGUAGACAGUGGCUUGUUGUUUGGUGGAGAGAAUCUUGGGGAGAAGUUUUUCAAUGAUUCAUCUUUAGAUUUGUCUGUCACCAACCUAUUCAAGACAUGUCGGAAUGAUGGCACAUUGUAUUCAGGAUUGAAUUUAGGAACUAUUAUGAACUUAUCAACACUCUUUUCUGUUGAUGAGUUUGUACCAGACCUAGGUGACAGUGUAGUGAUGCAGAUUAAUGACACUAUAAAGGAUAUCAGUAUUGUAGAUGUCAGUUCUUUCAAUGACCUCAAAUCAAGCCUAGACCUGCCUAACAUAGAUAGAGAUACUGCAAGAGAGAUAGAAGAUGAGCUUAAUGCUAUAGAUCUGGAGGGCAAAUCUAAAGAGAUGAGUGCACUUGCAGAUACCAUUCCAGAUAAAGCAUAUGCAGACAAGUAUAAAACAUUAAGCAUUGCUCUACAAGACAUGCAUGAUGAUCAAAAAGUGCCGUUGCUACAAUGUGUUAAUGAUUUAACUACUAUUUUGAAUGGAAUGGACAGCAGAAGUCAGACAAUAAAGGUAGUUGUAACAGAGUUGUCAAAUGAUUUACAAAGUCUUACAAAUUAUGUCCGAGACAAUGCUGCAAAUGUUGUUCUAGAGGUUCUGAAUGACUUUUUAGAUGGAAUGAAGACAGUUCCAGAAACACUGAUUGGCUCCGUCACUGAUGCUUUAAGUACAGAUAUUGGCAGAUGUAAAACUUUAGCUGAUGUCUAUGAUACAGUAAUUGGCUCGAUUUGUACCCAUUUUCUAGACUCUUUUAAUGUUUUGUGGGCUUCAUUCUAUACCAGUGGAUGGUUGAUUAUCGUUCUGAUGAUUUCAAGCUGUACUCUCUCCAAGUAUUUCAGAAUACCGUGUGAUAUUGUUUAUGCAGAUCAGCUACAGGAUACAACAUAUAAUGGACAUCCUUCACCAAACAGUGCUAAAGUUGACCUUAUUCACUACAAGAAACUUGCUGAUGGUAAAAAUACUCAUGGUGAAAAUGCUGAUGGUGAAAAUGCUGAUGGUAAAAAUGCUCAUCCUUCACCAAACAGUGCUAAAGUUGACCUUAUUCACUACAAGAAACUUGCUGAUGGUAAAAAUGCUGAUGGUAAAAAUGCUGAUGGUGAAAAUGCUGAUGGUAAAAAUGCUGAUGGUAAAAAUGCUGGUGAAAAUGCUGAUGGUAAAAAUGCUGAUGGUAAAAAUGCUGAUGGUACAAAUGUUGAUGGUGAAAAUGCUGAUGGUACAAAUGUUGAUGGUGAAAAUGCUGAUGGUAAAAAUGCAAGCAACAAGUCCAACAAUGCUUCCAAAAGAAAUUACCAGAGACUUCACCAGAAAUGGAGACACCGAAGGCGUCUUACUACUGGUCCCUUUACUGCCCAGUUUUUUGCAGAAAAAAUGCAGGGCAAAUCAUCAGCAGAGACGAUCUUUAUAACAGACUCAAAACAAGGUAUAAAUGAUAACAAACCUAUGUGCACAGUUGUAGAACUUGAUGAUUCAUCCAAAGACAGUGCUUGGUGUAGUCAGAGUUUAUCGUCAUUUGAAGGAACAUCUGGCCAGGAUGUGAUCAACUCUCAGGAUAUAGACCAGAAGCUAAGUGAUCCUCAUAAUAAAGUAGACAGUACAUGGGUAGAUAUAGAAGAAUCAAAUGACUUAAAUAUCGCAGAUAAAUCCCCAAUCGACUGUACAAAAUUUGAUGAUCGGGUAAAAGAUGAUUGGCAAUUUACGCCUGAAAUAAAAGAUUUUCCUUACUUUCAACUUCACGAUGACGAAUUUAUCUUACUACCUUUGACUCGGAUGUUAGCAGAAAGUGAAGAAAAUAUUAAUGAAAAGAAAACGAUUGUUAAUAAUAAUAUUCAAAACAAUAAAGAUUUAGUUACUUCUGAAGAAAUAGGCUGUACAGAUAACGAGGAGAAAGAAAUGAGUAAGUGGUUAAACACUUAUAUAAUACAAUCAAAUUCUGAACAGAUUGCCUCCUCACCUCUUGUCAAAUAUAGUUCUGAUAAUGAAAUGCAUUUUAAACAAAGCUUAAAAGUAAACAAGAACCACUAUGAAAAUACAGUAGUAGGGAAUACAUCAUCGUGUCAAGUUAAAGAAUCUAAUGAUGACAAGAAUGUAGAUGUUGAAAUGAAUGGCUCUAAAUGGUAUGUGGAUACUAGUAAACCUUUAUCGCAAAACAAAGACAGAGAAAACAUUGAUGAGACAGAACAUCCUGUUCAAGAGGUGGUAUGUGCUCUGUGCAAAUCUGUUGGUAUUAAAAACAGAAAAAGGAGAUACUCCGGAAUGAUGGAAAUAACUUCAAUUAGUUCAAACACAAUAGAAAAAGCAGAAAAUGACAAAGCAAUGAAAACUGUCAACAUAGCCAAAGAUGAUUCAAGCAAAACAAAUGACAAUUUUGUUUCUAAUUUUUGGACAGCAGAUCAAAUUAAACAGUUAAAUAAAUCAUUUGAAAACAGUUUUCAGGCUUUUGAUGACACACUUGGAAAUAUGUCAGGCGAAGUUGUAAAUGACCAAAAGAAAAGAUUGGUGAAUUCUGUGAGUAGACCUGUGAAUGUUAUGACCAAACAUACCAGUCAUCAGAAAAUAGAUGUUAAUGUCAGACCAUACAAACCAGUGAAAACAACAUUGUCCCCUCAAGCAGCAUUCAACUUUUGGAAGUAUAUUGAAGCAAACUGCUCCUGUCCUUCCGAAAUUCCUGAUAGCUUAUCUCAAAGAAAACAACAUCAUUCUUCUAGCCUGCAUACAUUUAUUGAUAAAGAGACAAACGUAAAAUGUUAUGCUGAAAAUGUUGAAUUGUUGACUGGAGGUUAUCACAAUGAACAAAAUAAAAAACUUUACCAAGACGGACCAGACUCUCUUGUGAAUUUGGCUAUAAAUGCAAGUAGGUUAGCAUAUAUUCCAGAACAUUUAAAUACCAUGGAAAGACAGAGAAAGGAACAGAAAACAUAUACACGUAAAGAUGGACAGAAGCAGGAACUUCGAUGUGAAGUGGCAUCGACUAGAAAAGACAAUAUCAAGGUUUCAUACCUUUAGAAAUACAUGUAAUACUCUAAUUGUAAGCAAGGCGAUAGGUAUGUUCUUAAUAUAUAAAAGCAUUUCGCCUUUAAAUGUCUAGCUAAAUUGUGAUUUUGAUUAUAAAUUAAAAGUAAUCUAGUGAAAAAGUAGUAGCAAUAUUAUUAUUUUUAUUGUUAACUUAUUUUCAUUUGUUGUUUUGAGUGCACUAUUGUUUAAGAUUUUCUUUAUUAUGGAAAUGUUAUGAAAAUUGUUCAUUGCCAUGAAUUACGAUCGUUUUUAUUACAAAUUUCAUCUUUGUUAAAAUAAAUUGUUUAAUUGAAAUAAAAAUUCAAAUACAA